AUGUUAGCAAACCAAACACGACCAAGAACGGCAUUCCAACCUCAACCUCACCACCACCAGCCCGCCUACUACGAGGUUGCUCGCCAGACGACGACAACGCCUUUUCACGCCGACGCCGCCGACCUGGAUUUCGAUUUUGACGGAGCAGAGCACAACUACAACAGCCAGUCUUCGUCUCCUAUAUCUACGCAGUCGAUUCUGUCGCAGUAUUCGGCCGUGAAUACGUCGCCUUUGUCUACCUUUGACAGCAUUCCGACUAUCACGGUGCCGCGAGGUGGCCACGGAGGCUCUUUGUUCAACUUUUCGCCUCAAAGCAACCAGUCUGCCCUCGGCGAGGCACUGUUCGCCAACACAGACCCAAUGCAAACGGACUCCUGGAUAUUAAACGGCCAACUGACGCCGAGAGCAGUUGGUCGCGUUUCACACCAUCGCGAGUCCUCGCUCUCUUCACUAGGCUCGACAGGUCCCGCGUCGCCCUACUCGCACAACACGUCGAACCCCCAGAUCGCUGUUACCGACUCGAUGGGCGACGGCUACGGUCUUGCGAAUGUCGACGAUCUUAGCAACUACCAGCUGGCCAAGUUUCCGUCGGUAACGCACGAUACAUUCUUUACGAGCUAUCCCAACUACGCUUCUGCCGAUACAUCGGUGAUUAACACUUACCCGCAACUCGCGGCCGCGACACCGAGACGCAAGAACGACCGAGGCCUGCUGCCGCCUCCGGAGCACCCGAUUGGACCCAACAGGUCACGGCCCGUAUCGGUGGCGAGUUCAGUCGCAAGUGACUCACCUGCCACACCAGCCGGGGAUUUUGACGACGAGCGGAGGCAACGGAAUGUCGUCAAUAUAGUUCCCAAGUUUGAACGGACAAUGACGGACGCCUAUGCCGACGAGCUAUACAGCCCAAGCUUCACUGUCACAUCGGCAUCAUCGGUUCCGAUGCCAGUCUCACCGAGUAACGAGCUAUUCGUCCAGAGGAUGCAGGCCGCCAAUAGCCAACACCUGAGCGCAAAUUCUCCAGUCUCGGCUACGGCGAGAGAUCGGUCGCCAUUCCGCCAAGGCUCACCCCUCGCGCUAAUGCCCAUGCACGACUUUUCUCAAAUGCGCUUCGGGUCUGCACAGCAGAUGCGUGAACAUGCCAAGGCUGCCCAGGACGCGCGCGCCGUGCAGCAACAGAUGAGCCACUCUGUCGAGACGAGCGCGCCUCAGACAAUAUCGCCAAAGGACGCGUUGCUGGACUUCCACGAGGGCGAUGGCGACGCAAACUUUCCCCUCUUCCCUCCGCAAGGCUCGAACGGGUUUGAUGCGAAUACCAUGAACAAGGCGGUAUCGCGAAGCCAGCAGGCAUUUGACUCUACGCCUAUGGAUACUACAUUCAACAACUUCCUCGGAACCCAGCUUCCAACAAAUCUCCAAAUCCCUCAGCAGUAUCCCUUCAUUGCCCAGCCUCAGCAACCGAGCAGUGUACCAUCCUUGAGCAACGGGUCUCUGGCACCAUCCAGGAUGAGUUCCGCAGAUGUCGGCUCGGUGGACACCAGCCACAGCAAUAGCCCACAGAGGCCGGCCAGCACCACCGCAGACGGCGGCACCUAUACAUGCACGUAUCACGGCUGCAAACUUCGCUUCGAGACACCAGCAUUGCUCCAGAAGCACAAGAGGGAGGGACAUCGGCAGGCUCACGGAAUCAACGGGGCUCGCAGGCCCGAGAGUGCCGGUUCGAACUCGGGCAUGACAUCCAGCCUCUUGAACAGCCAGGCGGGGCCGCACAAGUGUGAUCGCAUCAACCCAGGCACCGGAAAGCCCUGCAACACUAUCUUUUCCAGGCCAUACGAUCUCACGCGCCACGAAGACACCAUCCACAACGCACGCAAGCAAAAGGUCCGGUGCGAUCUGUGCACCGACGAAAAGACAUUCAGCCGUGCGGAUGCACUCACGCGGCACUACCGCGUCUGCCACCCGGACAUCGAGUUUCCGGGAAAGCAUCGCAGACGCGGGGGACAGAGUGGAUGA